AGGUCAGAGGUCACGCUAGGGGUAGGGGUCGUCGGAGGUUAGCUGCGGGCGGGGCUGGAGCGUGGGAGGGUUUGGGGGAGGUCGGAGGUUAAGAGAGGUGGGUCGGGCGCCCCGGGGGAGGUCGCAGUUCAGGAGGGCCGGGGUCGUGACCCCCGCCGCUGCCGGCCGUGCAUGGGGGUCCCCAGCCUGCGGGCGGCGGCCGGGGCGCUGAGCAGAGCCUGCGGAUGGUGGAGCCCGCGCCUGGGACCGCGCCUGCUCCGUUCGCCCCCCAUGGCCGGGAACGUGCAGGCCCCCGCACCCGUGGGCGUCAGGCUGCAGCAGGACAGGAAGGCCCGGGGCGGCUGGCAGGGCGGGGCCAGGAUCUGGGAGGAAACGGAGCAGCAGGCGAAAAAGCUCAAGAGCAGCGGCGACGAGGACGGGAAGCAGCACAGGAAGCUGCCCAAGCGGAAAAUCGUGUUGCUCAUGGCCUAUUCCGGGAAGGGUUACCACGGCAUGCAGAGGAAUGUUGGGUCCUCGCAAUUCAAGACCAUUGAGGAUGACUUGGUGUCCGCCCUGGUCCGGUCAGGCUGUAUUCCUGAAAAUCAUGGUGAAGACAUGAGGAAAAUGUCCUUCCAGCGGUGCGCCCGGACGGACAAGGGUGUAUCCGCAGCUGGCCAGGUCGUGUCCCUGAAGGUGUGGCUGAUUGACGACAUUUUGGAGAAGAUCAACAGCCAUCUUCCGUCUCACAUUCGGAUACUGGGACUGAAGAGAGUCACGGGCGGCUUCAACUCCAAGAACAAAUGUGACGCCAGGACCUACUUCUACAUGCUGCCCACGUUCGCCUUUGCCCACAAGGACCGUGACGUGCAGGACGAGACCUACCGGCUGACAGCAGAGACGCUGCAGAGCGUGAACAGGCUCCUGGCCUGCUACAAGGGCACCCACAACUUCCACAACUUCACCUCGCAGAAGGGGCCCCGGGAGCCCAGCGCCCAGCGCUACAUCCUGGACAUGUACUGCGAGGAGCCCUUCGUGCGGGAGGGCAUGGAGUUUGCAGUGAUCAAGGUGAAGGGGCAGAGCUUCAUGACGCACCAGAUCAGGAAGAUGGUCGGCCUGGUGGUGGCCAUCGUCAAGGGCUACGCCCCCGAGAGCGUGCUGGCGCGCAGCUGGGGGGAGGCGAAGGUGGACGUGCCCAAGGCCCCGGGGCUCGGCCUCGUCCUGGAGCGGGUGCACUUCGAGAAGUACAACCAGCGCUUCGGCAACGACGGGCUGCACGAGCCGCUGGACUGGGCGCAGGAGGAGGCGGAGGUCGCCGCGUUCAAGGAGCAGCACAUCUACCCUGCCAUCGUCAGCACCGAGCGGCACGAGCGGUCCAUGGCCCAGUGGCUGAGCACCCUGCCUGUGCACGACUUCAGCGCCACUGCCCACGCGGCAGCCAAGGUCCCCAGCCCCCUGGAAGGCAGUGAAGGGGACGGAGACAGCGACUGAGGCGCAGGCUGCCCACCAGAGCAUCUUGGAGUUGGUCUGUGGUAUGUCUGCCAGGAGCUGCCACUCUGCUGUUGGCUGUGUUCCUCACCAAGACGGGAGAACUUAGAUGUGGCCUCACAACCUCAGGAUCUUGAGACCUGCAUCACUGCGUUUUCAUCACGGGGAGAAUCUCCCGUGAGUCCGUUUUCAGCUCGUGCAUUAACUACACACACCUCAGCAUGUAAAGACACUAUUUUUUUAAAGAAGUGAUUUUCUUAUUAAAUAAGUACAAACUUU